AUGUCUACAAGUCUACAAUUCGAUAGAGUCACUAUUGCCCCAUUGGUCUUGCUUUCCAUCCUUGACCAUUAUCAAAGAAUUGAUGUCCCUGAAGGAAAAAGAUGUGUUGGUGUUAUCCUAGGUGAUGCGCCAUCAAGACCAGAUAUCAAUGGUGAACAGGUUAUUAGAGUACAAAACUCAUUUGCUUUGCCUUUUGAAGAAAAUGAUUCAAAUGACAAUGUUUGGUUUUUAGAUCAAAACUAUAUAGAAAAUAUGACCGAAAUGUGCAAGAAAAUUAAUGCUAAAGAGAGAGUUAUUGGUUGGUAUCACAGUGGACCUAAAUUAAAAGCUUCAGAUUUACAAAUCAACGAUUUAUUCAAAAAAUAUGCAGUGGGAAAUAAUCCCUUACUAUUAAUUGUAGAUGUUAAACAACAAGGGGUAGGGUUACCAACUGAUGCAUACAUGUCAAUUGAGCAAGUAAAAGAUGAUGGGACAUCCACAGAGAAGACUUUCUUACAUUUGCCAUGUAGUAUUGAAGCUGAAGAAGCUGAAGAAAUUGGUGUUGAACAUCUUUUAAGAGAUGUUAGAGACCAAGCAGCUGGAAAUCUUUCUGUUAGAUUAACCAAUCAAUUAAAAUCUUUAAAAGGCUUACAAAGUAAGUUGAACGAUAUUGUUAGUUAUUUGAAUAAAGUCAUUAAGAAAGAAUUGCCUGUCAACCAUACAAUUUUAGGUAAAUUACAAGAUGUUUUCAAUUUAUUGCCCAAUUUAGGUGAUUCCAACGAAUUAGUUGGAUUUGGAACCGAAAAUUCUGAUGCAAGAAAAGAUAACAUUCCAAAUAUUGCUACCAAUAAUAAUCAUAAUAAUUUGCAAAAGGCUCUUACAAUGAAAACUAAUGAUGAAUUAAUGAUCAUAUAUAUUAGUAAUUUAGUUAGAGCUAUUAUAGCAUUCGAUAACCUGAUUGAAAAUAAAAUACAGAAUAAAAAAUUACAAGAAGAGAAGUUAGAAUCUGAAAAAAAUGAAGAGAAAAAAGAAAAUGAAUCCUUAGACGGUGAAACUGAUACCAAUUCUACUGGUAAUAAUAAUGGAACGGAUAAUUUAAAUCAUUCAAGCAAUGAAGAUCAUAAUAAAGAUAAAGAAGGUGAUACAAAUAAAAAAUAA